AUGAACGUCGGACAGCAGACAACGAGGCGAUUGGCCUCACGAGCCGGUCAAUCAAUAUGUCGCUCAUGUAGAGACACCGUCGCCCGCACAUAUGCAUCCGCUGCCGCCGCCGCCGUCCAAACCGAGGACCAAGUCGCCCAACACAUUCCUCCCGUUGCCCAAGUAUCGCCGUCAACAUCCUACGCUGUCAACGCUGGUGUCGUUCUGUCCCGCCCCCCGCAAAUAACACGCGACCUCCACCCUUUCGAAGCUGCCUUUUUCCUAUACCAACGACGAUUGAACGAACGACUUGCGCUGCCCUUCACAAGAUACUUCUACGUAAAGAAGCGAACACCUGCAGACCUAGAAUGGAAACGGAAAAUGAAGCAACGGCUGACCCCCGCCCGCGACAUCGGACGAUACCAAGGCUACGGAGACGAAGCAUGGAAUGACGAGCUCCUCGUAGGAGCACAAGAGAGCGACUUUGAACACCAGGUUGGCAAGCUGAUCGAGGACGCUGAGCAAUCUGGCCUGGAGGACGCAUCGGACACCACUGGCGCAAAGAAGAUGGAGCGCGAGCCCGUAGAAAGGCCAAUGCCGAGGAUAACAGAAGCGGACCAGAAAAACGAUACAAAGAGCUUGAAUCGCGCGCUUCAGAGAACGCUAUACCUGCUUGUUAAGAAUAAGGAGGGGCAAUGGCAGUUUCCACAGGAUCGCUUGAAGGAGGAGAAUCUGCACGGUGCAGCGAGUCGUAUCAUCACACACACCGGUGGCAUCAACAUGAACACUUGGCUUGUCGGCCAUGUGCCAGUUGGCCACCACCAAGUGGACUACCGCGAACCGAAGCCCACGGGCGACCUCAAGGAGUACGGCUCCAAGACCUUCUUCCUGAAGGCGCGCAUCAUGGCCGGCCAGGUCAACCUCAAGGAGAACAAGCUUGGUCUUCAAGACUUCAAGUGGCUAGCCAAGGACGAAUUGCAGAAGGAGGUAGACGGCAGCUACUGGCGGCAGAUCAAGAACAUGUUGGCAGAGCGAUGA